AUUGGGGCGUUGGACCACGACAUACAAUAUAAAUGUUUUAUUCCCUUGCAGUUGUGGGAAAUUUGGGGCCAGACACUAGAGGUGUGUAUGUAUGUUUCGAUAGAUUAAUUUUUAGCACAUCACAAGGCGGAGCGUAUGACGACGCCUCGUCACAACAAAAGUGAAAAUAAAAAAUUAAAAGAAUAAGGAGAGGGGCCUAGGGAAAGCGGAUCCCAUCGAUUAUCAAUGGCUUGCAGUUGCAGCCCGCUGUUCUUUGUCUUUCUUCGAAAGAACCUGCUCUACUUGAGGCACAAUUUCCUGCCACUGCUGUGCAUUUGCAUUGGACUUAUCGGGGUACUAUGGGGUUAUUUGCACUGGUCCAUAAAGCCCACUGUGCCCCAAUUCACGGACUUCGAGUCCAAAAAUGAAUUGGUACUGAAACAUAUGUACUUCCCCGGGAAUGAUUUUGACUAUGUGUACUAUGCGCCCAGCACCGAAAAUGUGGAGGAUAUCGUGGACCAGCUACGUUUGGAUUUGCAGAUUACCCAAGAACGCUUUCGUGCUUACAACAGCACUUCCGAGAUGCAGCUGGAACUGGAACAGCAGUGCAGGGGCAGCUGCUUUACCAUCAACUUUGAGCAGGUACCCAGCCGUGGUGCCGCCGGAAAGUUCCGAUAUAGCAUAAGCUCUAAUCAUAUGCGCCUUUCGCCCAGGAAGCGCUUUGUAAAUGACGAGGAAAUCAAUCGACAGAAAGACGACGAUGACUACAUUCGGUCAGGUUUCCUAACCCUGCAGCAGAUACUGGACAAACAAUAUAUGAAGUAUCAGGGGCUGGAGCCAAACUACAAUAUACUGGUCAGUUCCAUGCCCAACUUGGAGGUUGCGAGCAUGGACAGUCACCGACUCACCUACUUUGGCACCUUGUUCAGCGUCAUCUUCAGCGUGGUUCUGCUGAGCACCUUCGUGGUUCCCUUUGUGGAAGAGAAGCAGAACGGGUUAAAAGAGUUUCUCAACUUAGUCACGCCCAUGAGUUUCCUUAAUGGUCUCACAUUCUUUCUCAUCCGUCUCGUGUGCUAUGCGGCGCUGCUUCUCUUCGUUCUCAUCCUUGCCUAUUGCUACGAGGCUCUGGGACUGAUACGUUUCGCCUACGUGGCUGUAUUGUUCCUGCUUUACAUUUUGGCCACCAUGUCGUAUGCAUACCUUAUAUCGGUUUGCUUUCAUUCAGUAUUUUAUGCAAAGAUUGGUGGCCUGGUGAUGUUGAUCAUUCCAUAUGUGUUUACCUUUGUUCGCAGCUGGGCCACCUCGCUGGCUUUCUUCUUCUUUAGCACCAAUGCUUUUCUAGAGGGUCUGGACGUUUUCCAGACAUUUUCCAACAAGCAUCGCACAUUUGGCGGAGCCGACCUCUUCCGUGAAAUCAAAUAUGAUUCCAGUCGAAUGUUUUGGAUUUACGUUGUCCUGCUAUUCCAAUCUCUCAUGUACGCCCUGGUCUACAACUACCUUGGUUGCGUUUUUCCGGGUCCGGGCGGGCUGAAGCGCCCAUUUCUCUUCUUUUUAGACCCCAAAACCUAUCAAAAGAGGCAACGCAAUGAAUAUACGACAGCACCGAGAGGCACACAUGCCAUCAUUAUUACGGAGCUGUGCAAGAAGUUCCAGACAAGUAAACGAGAAACGCUCAUUUCUGACAACCUAAGUAUGACAAUCAACAACAAGGAGAUUACUGUUUUGCUGGGGCACAACGGAGCCGGAAAAACCACAAUGAUGAACAUGAUAAUGGGACUGGUGCCGAAGGAUUCGGGCAAAAUAGUUGUAUGCAGCGAGCGUGAUGUGGCCUCGUAUCGCCACCUGAUCGGCUUCUGUCCCCAGCACAGUGUGUUUAUGAGCUACAUGACCUGUCACCAGCAUUUGGAGUUCUUUGCCCAACUUCGCGGAGAAACUCGCAGCAAUGCCCGUAGAUGGGCGGAUGAGAAGCUCAUGAAGCUAGGGCUGAGUGACAAACAACACGAGUUCGGAAGAAACUUGUCUGGUGGCAUGAAAAGACGUUUAUCCCUGGGCAUUGCCAUUGCUGGAAAUACCAAAAUUGUAAUUCUCGACGAACCUUCAUCCGGACUGGAUAUUAACUCACGACGCGAACUAUGGGACAUCCUUUUGAAUCUGCGCAAGGAGAAGGCCAUUCUGGUCACCACCCACUACAUGGAGGAGGCCGAGGUGCUUGGCGACACCAUCUGCAUUCUCGCCAAUGGCAAGUUGCAGACAACGGGAUCCCCGCUGGAGCUGAAGCGUAAAUCUGGCAUCGGCUAUCGCUUAAAACUGGAGGUCAGCGAUUUUUCGUACCACGAAAACGAAAUCAUGCAAAUAAUACGCGACUAUGUGCCACCGGCCAGCGUUCUGAAUGUGGUGAAACCGACUGCAAAUAUCUGUCUGCCGUAUGCGUACAAAAAACAAUUCCCAGAAAUGUUACAUAAGCUGGAGGCCAACAUGAAUCAGUUGGGCAUUCAAACAAUUUCCAUGACUGACACAACUCUGGAAGAUGUUUUCUUAAAAUGUGCCGGAGAGCAAGACCAGGUGGAUACUCCGGACGGAUCACGCCAUGAUAUGCCGCUCUUGACUCCCUAUAAGCGUUUGCCAAGCCAACACGUUGAACCCAGCAUGUUACAGCUUUGGCUGGCGGUGUUUUACAAGAAGUGGACGUUUCUCUCGCAAGAAUGGCUGUAUUCUCUGAUCAUGCUGUGCCUUCCCUUUGUAUGCGUUUUUGGAGCUAUUCUCGCCAUGCACACCAUGUCCGUGGUGGAAAACGAGGAGGCUUUGCCGCUGAAGCUUAGUCAAAUGGGCAGUGGAAUCGUCUACAUAUACAAUCCGACGGGACACCAUGGUCAGAUAGAGCAGCAAAUACGUCAGCAGAUCGAGUUAAAUGGCAUCACAGCAAAAACAAUGCAGGUUCGUGGGGAUAACGAUGUUAAAAAUGAAUCCCUCGACUUACAACGAGACAACUUGGCCGAUUUCCUUGAACAAGUGGUAGGCAUUAUUGAUAUGUACGGCGACGGCGGUGGCACCGAUGUAGCGACGCCCACAAUAGAGAUCUACUUCUCCGGGAAUCGCUACCAUAGCUCUGUGGAACUGAUUAAUCUGGUGAACUCCGCAAUGCUAAAGCUAGAGCAGCCAGGGUCAGAUAUAGAUGCGACCUAUGUUCCUAUCCGGCGUUUUAUAAGCGACAUAAGCGCCUCUCGGCUGGAGUACUAUGCGGUCAUCGUGUCCGUGGGAAUGUUCUUUUGCAUGUUUUAUUUCAUUGCCCUGCCCUUCAGGGAAUAUGCGAACGGUUUCCGCAGGCUUCAGACCAUGUCACGAUUCACCUACUGGGCUGCCCACUUCACCUUCGACGUGCUGACUCUGGCCGUAAUCUGUGUAUCCCUGCUUAUCCUGCAACAGCUGUUCAUGCCCGCCGAGCUUUACUCCAAGAUGGAGCUGAGGAUGAUUGCUGCCAGCAUCUUCUUCUACGGAUGCAGCUAUCUGCCCAUUCUAUAUGCCUUGGGCAACAACUUCAAGUCCAUAUCAACUAUAUCCACCUACUUGCUCCUGAUGCUGAUUGUGUCGGCCAUAGCCCCUCUAAUAACCUCCAGUAACGCGGCCGCGAUGAAAUUGCACGACACAAAGAUCGCAUUUUUGUGCUUCCUGCCGGACUUUAAUCUAAACCAUCAGCUUCGCAUUAUCAAUGAAAACUUCAUUACUCGCCGACGGGCCGUGGGUCCUGGAAAAAUACAGCAUCUAAUUAGCGAAGAGAUUUUCUUUGCUUACGCCACUGCGGUGUGUGUGCUCGUCAUGACGUUCUUCACCGUCAUAUUGGAACACAUGUAUCUGCGUCGGAAAGUGCAGGAUGCCUUCUUCCGAAACAUUUCAAUGUUCACACAGAAAAAGAACUCGUUGCGCACCAGUCCCAGCGGUACACACGUGUCAAUUGAUUGCGCCAAGGAGGAGGAGCUGGUCAGAGAGCUAAUCAAGCGCCCGUCAGAGGGUUAUCCGCUGGUUGUGAGUGGCCUUCGUAAGCGAUACCAGGAUAAGGUGGCUGUCAACGGACUGAGCUUUGCGGCACAGCGAGGUGAGUGCUUCGGUCUGUUGGGCGUUAAUGGAGCGGGCAAGACCAGUACCUUCCAGAUGAUCGCUGCCAAUUUGGCGCUCGAUGGCGGCAGCAUCCGCAUAGAUGGCAUAGAUAUUCAGCAGGAUGAAGUAGCCUACCGUCACCGCUUUGGCUACUGUCCGCAGUAUGAUGCACUGAACAAGUUUAUGACGGCCGAGCAGUGCUUACACUACAUGGGCCUGCUGCGGGGCUUGAACAGCUCCGGUGAGGGGCCAGCUAGCGUCAAGGAAAACGUAAAGUACUGGCUGGAAAAGAUGCAUCUGACCAAGUAUCAGCAGGUGGAGGUGCGGCAUUAUUCGGGUGGCACAAAGCGCAAGCUUCUGGCCGCUAUGGCCAUGAUCGGGGCACCCACGCUGGUGCUUCUGGACGAACCCACCACCGGCGUAGAUCCAAUUUCGAGACGAUUUCUAUGGCAGUGCAUUAAGGAUUUUCAAGGACAGGAACGAACUGUGGUGCUUACUUCGCACAGCAUGGACGAGUGCGAGGAGCUGUGCAAUCGACUGGCUAUCAUGGCGCACGGUCAGUUCAAGUGUCUGAAUAAUAUCUGCGCCCUAAAGCGUUUAAGUGGCUUUACCAUUAAACUUAAAAUGAAGGAGAAGACAGAAACCGAGUCGAAUGUGAGCACGGUGACAAGUAUGCUAAAGUCGCAGUUCCCAGGACUGGAGCUGCGGGAAAACCACGCCGGCACGCUUACUUACUUUGUGAGCACGCAGGAAAGCGUGAUCCAAUGGUCGGAUGUGUUCAAGAUAACGGAGGACUAUCUGGCCGAUCGGCUAGGGGACAUUGUUGAGGAUUACUCUGUGAACGAGUGCACGCUGGAGGAUAUUUUCCUCAAGUUCGACAAACAGGACAAGUCCCAAUCAACGUCACGCCAAUCGUCGGUGCAGAGAAGCCCGGAAGUCCUCAGCCACGUAUGAGCGUGGGUUGGAGUGGCAUAUCGAAAAGACUGAGCACCAAACUGUCGUCGGGGGGAUCAUGAUGCCUUUCCCGCGGCAACAUCUCUCAAUAUAUCACCUGUACAAAUUCCAUUUAACACGUUCCUUGGCCAGUUUUCAUUUUAACAGAGAAUCUCAAAUACGAAAAAAGGCACAUAUGAUCCUCUCGACCGGCAUUCACUUGGACUCAGUUCUGUCGGCAGGAUUUUUCUACUUAAUGCGUGUGUGUGUGUAAAGACUAAUAUCAAAGACAUUAACUGUGUGCAAGAUAUAUGAAAAUUGAAUAUUUAUUUAUUAUAUUCGUUACUUUAAUACUUUUAGAUACUACCUUUUCAAUAA